UCGGUUGAGUCUGCAGAUGCGAACCAAUCGGGUUCGACUACUAUUGAUAACGAAUUGGAAUAAUAAAAAGGAGUCGCUGUUUAUUUCGUUAAUUUCUUUUUGUUAGCUUCAGAUUUCUCCCUCGCUCGCAUUGUCGCUUCCCGCAUUCGAGAGCGAAGUAGAUCCGUGCUGCGUAAGUGCUGGAAGAUAAUGGAGGAGAAACGCCUCUGAUACGCGACCAUGUCGCUUGAAAUACGCCUAUUCCACUAUAUCUUUGUUGGCACCACUGUACCGUCUUUGCCCAUCGUUUUCAAAUACAGUUCUAUCACAGUUCUGCUACGUUGUCCGCUUAGGUCAGACGUGUUUGCGUCUAAAGUCUCCCGUAAUCCACGGAACGUGGUCCGACUGCACUUCUCAUUCGGGGAAAAGAAGAAAUGGACCUGAGGAAUUCGCAUAAGAGGCCGCCGAUCGCCUUUGGUAACGUGAAAAGGAUUAAAGCUGAUCUCUCUCAGCAGCAACGGGCGAAGCGCAAGACGCGCAGAACGCAGAACUUCGAGGACAAUCGAAGGGGGGUCUCGCCAGGCUCCGCAAUAUCACAAAAUGUUGUUACAGAAACCCACAGAAAGAAGUUAUCAGAUUGGAGAGCUGAACGGAGGAGCAACAGGGAGACGCAGAAAUCCCAAAAAAAGCCGCCAUUCGUCGUUGGAAUAGUUCGACAUCAUUUUUAUUCUCCGAUAUCAAAAGUCGCGCCUGUAAAGAAGAAGAAAACGGUCCAAGGGCAAACAAGCUCUGAAAUCACAAAGAGAAUUACAAAAGCCACCGAAAAGCGUUUGCAAACUAAGGCGGCAAACGCUGCAACGAAGCCGCUUACAAUUUCGACUAAAAAAACAUCUACGACAGAAAUCCCAGCCGACAACAAAGUCAAAUCUGGCGUCGUAAAACGAAAAUCGUUUGCGCCAGUUAAUCAUAAAUUUGGUCCGCCUCCUGGAUUGCCCCAGAUAUCUUUAUCUAGAAAAGCGUGCAAAAAUAGCCCCUUUCUAAACAAACAUAUUUUCGCACGCGAUAAAUUAACGAAGACCGCUGUCCAGGAGCCAGUUUGUUCCUGUGUUUCUACGGAAGCGAGCACCGUAAAAGCUCCAUCAUUAGGACUUUCUUUACCUACAUUUCUCGAAAUGGAAAAAGAAGAGACUAAUAAUGAACUUACGACGAAACACAUGGAGCAUUCUGGUACACCAAUAAAGAAGAGAUAUGUGUAUGUCGGAACUUUUAAAGCCACGCUGAACGAAGAAAGAAACAAGCUUCAGAAACUUUGCGAGGAUUGGAGGCAAAUUCAAUCGGAAGAUCACAACAACAUCACAGAGGAUAUUCGGUAUCAAAUUAAUCAAGCAGUAGGGCAAACGACUAUGUUAAUGAAUGGGAAAUUUAAACAAUUUCAUAGCUUACUCCUCAAUUACGAGAGAAAUGACGAUGACAUGGCGGUAACUUGUAUGGAUUUACAUGGAUUUUGGGAUGUCAUAUACUUAGAAGUAAAGAAUUGCCGUUCGCGAUUUGCAAAACUGAAUAAACUUCGUGCUGGAUAUUGGCAAGAGGAUCAGGCAUCUUUCACGACAUCUACUAGAUCUAACGAAAAAAGUGCUACUAAAAGGAAAGCUGUGUCGGCAAGAGAAAGCUUGCGGCGAGCAUCAAUUAUAUCAAGUAAAACGAAACGGGUUGCAGAACUUCAAGACAAUGAGAAAAGUUCACAGAAAUUACUUAAUGUGAACAACACAGCCUCGCGUAACGAGCAAUGUAAAAUGUACACGUCAACACCAUUUCCUACAACUCCACUUAUAACGAUGAAAGUCAGCCAGCUGUACGACAAAUUCAGCUGUACAAUAAACUCGCGCAAUGACAGGGGGCUGCUUGUAACUCCCGGACAAACACCCAGGAAGAGUUCAACAGAGGAAUCGGAAAGGCCUGGAAGUCCAAGAAGAACAUUAGUACGGCAAAAUUUGAACGACCAAUUUACCCUGACACUCAACGAGAAAUUGGUGAUCGAGGAGAAUUCAAGCUCGAAUUCUGAAUUUAGCGGUUCCGUCCAAACAGUGCUCGAGAAAACCACUACGUUUACAUUGUCUUCACAUAGUAUCACGCCAAUUGAAGUUCAACAGCCUGAAGAGAGGGACUAAUAUUAAUAUAGAUAGAUAGAUAGAUGACUAAUAUUAAUAUAUUGUUAGUUUUAAAACUAUUUUACUGUUUAACUUUUUUCGUAUAUUACAUCAUAAAUGUACUAGGACAUCAUCGAAGAAUAUGUUUUAUCCACAUCACGCUUACAUUGUUAUAUAAAUGGGUUUUGUAUAAAUUAAGAAAUAAUGACAUGUAUUAGAGAAAUAUCGAGAUGAUUAUUUCGCGGAAGGAUCCGUCGCGCAGAAGUAAAGGCAAUCGUUUAUUUAAUCUUUUUCCGUGUUUAGAUACAGUUCACACAAAUAUAUACAGACGUGACUGAGCACAUUUACAACGGUUUGUAUUGAAAUGUGUGAUCGCGCGCUGCGUCCAAUAAGCGAACCCGUCGUUUCUGUCGUUGGCCGCGUUGCGCAUUAAUAUUGUAUAUAAAUAAAUUAAAGACCCAAAUUAAUUUAUAUAAAUAAAUUACUUAGGUACACAAAUGUCACGAUAGCUAACGUAUUAAUUCGCCGUUUCCGCCUCGCGAAACAACGAUAAUACUAGUCCAACAAUAAAAUAUAUUGUGUGGUCCUGAUCGUUCUCUGAUUGACGCAGAAAUCAAAUAGUUUGACGACCGAACACGCGGGUGCCGUAUAAAUAUCAAGAAAUGAUUAUAAUCUACGAAUAAAUAUCACGUUAAAUAUGUGCAUUAUCUGC